UUAGCUGUGUCUACGUAUUACUUACAUUAAAAUCCAUGGCGUUUGCUUUUUGGGACACUGGAACGACUACUCCUAAAUUCGUCUCAAAAGAUACGACUCCCAGGCAGAGUUUUUUUAGGUGGGAACAAGUAGAUGCACCUUUUAUGUCAUUUUGGUUCACUCAUUGGGAUUGGGAUAUCAUUGCUGAUAGAAGAAAAUUACACGUCUUUGCCGGAAUAUCCAUAGAUUUUAUUCCGCUGGGAACUGCAAUAAUACUUAAUAAGAGGGUUCUCAUCACGUCCGCAAAUUACUUGGAACCUUAUCUUGACAGACAGCGGGAUGUCAGGAUUUGGGCGUUAGGAAGGGCUGGCAAGCACAUGACCCCUUACAGAUACAGGGUGUGGAGAUUCCGAAGAUUAAUACCACGAAGUGAUAACCCCGAACACUGGCACGGUCCUCGAGGAGUCCAUAUACCAAGACAUGAUGUAUCAAUUGUGCAUAGCUUUGACCAAAUAUACGUCUAUAAUAAGUUAUCAACGAGUUAUCAAUACGCAUACAAAGCGACUCUGUGCGAUAAACAUUACAUCAUUGAGGAUUUUAUAUGGUAUGGUGGAUCCGGUUUCCUCAGCUUGAAGCACAUUGAAGAAAACUAUAAGAUUAAGUACGCAAGACAAUUAAAAGACGACAUAGUGGAUUGUUCCAAAUAUUUGCCAAAAUGGUGGGGUAAAUUUAUUUGUGUAAAAAACACAUUCAGCUUUCCUGGUAUCGCUAAUGGCGGGGGUCUGUUCUCUGGUCCUGCCCGAGCUGGCCCAGAUGUACUGAUUGGUUUAGGGUGUUUUGAGAUUCGUUACAAUGAAGAUAGGAUUUUGGUGUUUACAGAUCUAAGAUACUAUAUUGACAGAAUUAAUAUCUACGCCAAUAUUACUCCAGGCGAAUACUAUGAGUAUGCGUAUCCCGAGUAUAGCGUAAGAUAUGGCUUUCUAUACGAUAGUUCGUCGAACGAUCCAUACAUACCUCUUUGGCAAAUUCAAAAUGACUUGUUUCCUCUUGGUAGAAAAUAA